UCUCUGUUACUGACGCUGCAGGAAAAGAAGAACGGAGUUCAGUUCCUCCGGACGUCGAUCUUCAGCGAUAAUCAAUAAUUAGCACUCACGUUAUUGAUUACGUCAGUACUUCAGCUACCUGUUGAUCUAUAACAGGUGAUCAGGUACGGAUCAAUACAACUAUGAACUGCCUUUGGUGAACCCCCAGUUGUCACGGACACACUACUCAUGAACCAGGGUGUGUUUCACCAGCGAGACUUGAUAUGGUAAUGAGUAGGGCACCUGUGGAAAACCAUCAUGACAUCAUUCCUUCAGCUUCCUGCUGAGCUGUGGUUGCAGGUGUUCAGUUUCCUCUCCUGGAAAGAUAAAUUACGUGUGCGUUGCACCUGCUCACACUUUAAACACUUACUGGACAAGUCCCGCCUGCUGUGGGACGGCUUCAGUGUCGUACUGCAAGACUUCUCCAGGUACAACCACAGCUUCUGGCGCAGCCUGGCUCAGAGACAAGUGGGCCGAGUGUUGGUCCGUUCAGGGAAGAAGAAACAUCUAGCUCAGAUAUCCUCCUGGCUUCCUGACCUCAGUGCCUUGCGACUGGACGACUGGAAAGGGGGGGCCAUCAACGAGCUGAAACGUUUCCACCAGUUGCAGCAGUUGUCCCUCACUUCCUGUUCCACUCCACUGACAAACCUGGACUUUCUCUUUUCUUUAAGACAUAAUCUGACGCAGCUCAGCCUGUGUAACGUGCAUCUUACCUGUCCAGCACCUCACCUGCUGGGUGCUAUCAGUCAGCUGACUUCUCUCACAUCCCUGCUGCUCCACCAUGACGGCAACCUGAAAGUGCCGGCACUCAACGGAGUCUUGACUCACCUCACCAAGCUUAAACACCUGUCUUGGACCAUGAUUACAUACAAGAUACUACCACAGGACUUUUUCAGGCCCACCCACCUCGCAGGAAGAGGUGGUGCUUUGCACUUGUGCGACCUGCAGUUGUUGAACUACGAUGCUGUGGUGACACAGGAGGUCCUACAGCCUUUGUCCCACCUCCAGAGCCUGUCAAUGUUUCACCUGUACUCGGUACCUGGGCCUACCUGUCACCUGCAAACGUGGCUGACGUCACUGCCCCAACUCCAUAGUCUUACUGUGUAUGGAGGCCAUCCUCUGGCUGCAUAUGUGGACUUCCUGCCAUCCACGCUCCUCAGUUUGACCCUGUGUGUGGACCUAGAACCUGAAGACCUGCAAGUGGUCUCUCUCAGGGCACCUCACCUGCAACACCUGCACUUGGAGCCCUGGAGCUCCUCCUCCAGCCUGGUUAGGCUCCUCCCCCAGCUGUUUCCUCACCUGACGAUGCUCCGGAUCAGACACCACAACGUCCCAGACAGUGACUUUCUGCAGUUGCAGAAUCUACAGCAACUUGAUGUACUGGAGAUUCUAGACUCGUACUACAGACCCAACCCGUUGGACCCAAGCUUGGUUGUCAAUAAACCAAGUCCUCAUCUGCUACAGCUGAUCGUUGACUUCCAGAAAAUGACCAAUCACAGAGUCAAAGUUCUCACCAGUUCACACAGAGACCUGCUCACCUGCCACUGUGUCUAAUCACAGAGCAACUAGACAAGACUCCACUUGCCUUUCACACUUUGAUGUAUAAAUUACCUUGGGCUUUGCUUCUGCAAACUGGGAGAAUGUAUCACAGGUGAUUCCAUUUUGCAAAGUUAUGUAGUUAUAACAAGUGCACACAUUAUAGACAUGGUGGAGGUUACUUUCCAGUGCCCCCUUCAGGAAUUGUCUGACUUAUGACAAUAAAAAAAUUAAGUGUAAAACACAUGAAAACCUACAUAGUGUGUAUUAAGAAAAUCAACCCAUUGCAGUUUUAAAAAGUCUUUUAUAGAAGCACGUUUAAUCCAGUGCCACCUGCUUUUACUUGUUAUACCAUUUCUUCACCUGGACCAUGUACUGUAUGACUGGAGACACAAACUGCUGUGAGCUGAACAGAACCCAAUAAAAAGUUCUGGGCCAGGUGGGGAAGCUAACAGAGGUUCCUUGUGUUUGAACAGAUCCC